AUUCAGAACUGGCGCUCAUGUACAACGAUGAGUCGGUGCUCGAGAAUCACCACCUGGCUGUGGGCUUCAAGCUGCUGCAAGAGGACAACUGCGACAUCUUCCAGAACCUCAGCAAGCGGCAGCGACAGAGCCUGCGCAAGAUGGUCAUCGACAUGGUGCUGGCCACAGACAUGUCCAAGCACAUGACCCUCCUGGCUGACCUGAAGACCAUGGUAGAGACCAAGAAAGUGACCAGUUCGGGGGUGCUCCUGCUGGACAACUAUUCUGACCGCAUCCAGGUGCCAGCUGCCCCCCAUUGUAUGACAUGGGACCCUUUCCCUUCCCCCACCCCUUUAGAUCUGUGUAGCUGUUCCAGCAUCUGUCACCCAUGUCACCUCUCUUUCUGUCCCUUUUCCUCUCUGUUCCCACCUCCAUCCUCCAACUCUAACCCCAUCUCUUUUUCCAUCUCUUGGUAUUUCUUUCCAUCUUCCCCAAUGCCUUUCUCUUUUUUUAGUUGCUGGAGUGUGAAAGUACUGGGGGGGGCGGAGAAAGACAGAGAGGGGAACCUCCCCCCCGAGCGGG